UUGACUUGUGAGCACCGCACCGUGUGGAAAUGAUUCGGCUACUAAAGACGCUUCUGUAUUGCCUGCUGUUCCUCUCCCCCGAAGUCCGGGCAGCCACUAAUGCCAGAGUGCCGGCGACCGAGGCGAGUCUCUACAGCGAGGCAGACAAUGUGAUCAUGCUGGACAUCGCAUCGCUGAGGCCAGCCCUGAACUUGAAGACCAACAAGCUGGUCCAGUUCCUCAACACCUUCUGCGGCGACUGUCAACGCUUCGCCCCGAUCUACAAGGGAAUUACCCGGGAAUUGUACAAGUGGCGACGACUUCUCCGUUUCUACGCCGUAGAUUGCGCCCAGGAGCGAAACGCAGAGCUCUGCAGGGAAUACAAUAUCCUCGAGACGCCCACACUGCGCUUCUUCACCCCCGACCCCCAACCGUUUCAGCUGAACCUCGGCUAUACCAUUCCUACCCAAAUGCCAAAACUCAUACCUGCAAUACUGACCGAAUUAUUGAGUCGAUAUGAGUACGAAGCCGAUCUGGCGAACUUCCGUCCCUUAAACGCAAGUGACACGGCCAAGACUCUGUUCCUUGAUCAUCAAGGUGUGGAAAGUCCGGUUAAAUUCAUUGCUCUCGUUCUUCAGCGAAAAUACACUUAUAUUGGCAGGGACACUCUGCUGGAAUUGCUUCCUUUUAAAGAGGUGGCAGUAAGAAUCGUUCCGGAUGCCCAGAUUUUUACCAACUUUGGACUUAAACCAUCCAAUCAGACAUUGGCCAUAAUCGAUCGAAGUGGAAGUGCCCAGUACUUGGCCCCUUCCCGGAUUUCAGUCAAAGAUUAUGCGAUCACUGUUGGAGAAUUCCUGAAAAAGCUCAAUUAUAAGCCGGAUCCACCACUUCCCAUCUCUGUAGCCCCGAAUGUAAAUGAGUUCCUGGAUCAGCGAAAUCAAGCGGUCCUUGCAGAGGUCCUUAAACCACCACUGAAGGUCUACCGUGCCGAUCUGGAGCAGGCGAUCGACAAACUCCUGCAUAUCGAACUUCACAAAAGGUUUCUUUAUCAGGUUAAAAAUCUGGAGGCUCUGAAGAACAUAAUUAAUGUUAUGAGUUAUUUGAAUCCAUUGAACAGAGACGGAAGGACACUCCUCACCAAUCUGAACGAAUCUGUGGGUACGAAUUUUAAAAAUGGAUCUGAUUUCAAGGAAUUGAUUGACUUAGAAGAAAAGUCUCUGAAGGCGUUUAAGGCAAAGCGCUACAUUGGCUGUAUUGGAUCACGACCCUUCCUGCGGAGCUUCACCUGCUCCCUGUGGACACUGUUUCAUCAUUGGACUGUGGAGGCAGCAAAGGCACCGCAACCUUUUAUGCCUGGCGAGGUGCUUUCCACCAUUCAUGGGUUCGUUGAGUACUUCUUUGGCUGCUCGGAUUGUGCCCAACACUUCCUAGAGAUGGCAAAACGUCGAAACAUGAAUGCCGUGAAAACCUAUGACGAGCAGAUCCUCUGGCUGUGGGAAGCCCACAACGAAGUCAAUCAACGCCUUGCUGGCGAUCCCAUUACGGAGGAUCCCAAGUUCCCGAAGAUUCAGUUCCCCAGCGUGGAGAAUUGCCCCACCUGUCGGAACGAUAAUUCCGAGUUUCAGAAGGAAGAAGUUCUGAAAUAUUUAAAAAGCAUCUAUGAUAUCAAGAAUCUGAGCUUUUACGGUCUUCCCACCUCGCGGGGUUACGAUUGAGUAUACAUUUCCAUUUUCAAUUUUCAGUUGUCUUAGAACGAACUGUUUUAAAACUAUUCAAAAAGUAUAAAAUAUGAUAUUAAAUGGUGAUUAAUUGGAUGUUUAUUCAUAUCCAAAAAUUCCGUA